AUGAUCCAUCGGAAGAACAGCACCUGGACAUCCAGCAGCCUGAGUUUAUCCAGAUGUGAGGACAGGAGGAAUUCAGUCAUCUCCGCACUGGAGAAAGCAGCUGUGUUUUUGGAAGAUCAAUAUAAGGAAAUCAACAUCGAUGCAGCAGUUGGAUAUUGUCUCAUGCAAGCUUAUCUGAGCGCAACGUUGGAUAAAUGGGCCUCGGAGCCUGGACUGGAUUCAGAGCGGAAGCGAGUGGCACUUUUGGAUGAGAAGGUGUUGCCUUUGAUUGAAAAAGCAAAGCAAGCUCUAAAUCAGAAGGACCCGGCUUAUUCCGGAGCAUUUUUUCCAAGUUUGAGCCCAGGGUUUUGGAAGGUUCCUCAUCAGUGGACUCAGACUGUUCCUUCCUUUCCUUUCUCCCCAACGAAUGGCUCAUGCCUUGACUUGAAAACAAGUGAUUCUUGCAUAUCAUUUCUGCUAGGAACACGGGGGAAAAGAGGCAAGUCUUGCCUUGUUCCAGAUGGCUGCAGAAGCAUCAUGACGAAAGCUCACUGCUCCGGUUACAGCCUCUCUCAUCAACUGUUCUACUUCCUGUUUGCAGAGAUGAAAGGGUGCUCAGAUCCUCUGUUCCACAAUGCCCAGUAUUAUAAGAGUGCAUUUUGUCAUUUGAUGAUGCAAAGCAAUCUCAACAUCAAAAAGCGGGCACUCUUCCAUGACUUUGGAGAUCUCUUUACGGAAAACAUAUUGUUUUGUGGCAUGGCUGGAUUCUCUGAUUUCUAUAAGCCACAGUGGCUGGACCUCAUUCUCAACUGGCAGAAACAGGAUAAAGGAUGUUUCUGGAUGUAUGAAUCUUCUAUGACGACCAAAGAAUCGCAAAGAGUCAAGAGAUCAGAGAAGAUCCUUCCAGGUGAAUGUUCUGCUCAUAACACCGCCGUGGCUGUAGGGGCGAUUGGAGGAUUCCUCUACUAUGGCUUCUGAUGAGCUCGUGUCUAUUUGCUCUUGCACCGCUGAGCUUCACUCUCUUGCUUUCGUUUUUUGCCCCAUCUUCCUUACAGUGAAAGCACUGUGAUGCCACUUUAACCCGUCUUGGCUUCCCCCA